UGCCGUGGAGGCGGAGAGCAGACGGUUACAGACAGAGGACGCAGCUGUCACAUGCUGGAUGAGCGGUGCCUCGAAGCUGAACUGCGGAAUGAGGAAUUGAGCAGAGGAGCACAUUUCGACAAAUAGGAAAUAGUCGCUAAUGUGACAAAUUAAACAGGGUUUUUUUUGGUUUUUUUUAAUUGUGGUCCGCGGGAACAUAGGGUUUGUGUUGGAGUACGUUCAGCCGUCUGAAUUACGUUACCGUGGAGACAGUCGUUCAGCGGAGAAACCAACGAGAGGACACGAGUUCUGCUACUAUAUCAUUAGAGUUCAUUUACUCGCAGGACGAUUCACCUGCAGUCCGUUAAAUUUCCUGGGACUUGAGAAGCGAGGAUCGAGGCAGCAUGGUAACCACCAAGGGAACAGGUCUGAACCCCAAUGCCAAAGUGUGGCAGGAGAUCCCUGCCCACCAGAGUGACAUCCCAGAGGUGACAGAGGACUCUCCUUUGCUGUUGACGGACUCUCAUUCUGUUGCGAUGACUGGAGACAUCCCCUCCUCAGGGGUAAAAGGAUAUGACACUGAAUAUCCCGACAGCACUGCUGACUUUGCCCAUGUACCAGCAGAGGGCAUUGUGAAUUGCAUUGACGAUGCUGAUCUGAGCUAUUUAGUCCUAGACUCACAAUGCAAUCCAGCAAUGGAUGGUGAUGUUUUGGUGGAACAACCAGUGUCUGAGGAGAGCCUACGAGAGUCAUUGAAAAAACGGCUUGAGUUCUGCUUUUCUAGAGAGAACCUGACUAAGGACCUGUACCUGAUAUCGCAGAUGGACAGCGAUCAGUUUGUUCCCAUCUGGACCAUUGCUUGCAUGGAAGACAUCAAAGCUCUAACCACUGACAUGGACCUCAUUCUGGAUAUACUGCGAGCCUCCCCCAUGGUGCAAGUUGAUGAAACUGGAGAGAAGGUUCGGCCAAACCACAGUCGCUCCAUCAUUAUUCUGAGAGAGGUACCAGAGACUACACCAGUUGAGGAAGUGGAGGCUCUUUUUAAGAGUGAGCAUUGUCCAAAAGUGUUAAGUGCUGAGUUUGCUCACAACAGCAACUGGUACAUAACAUUUCAGUCAGACAUGGAUGCACUACAGGCUUACAGAUAUCUAAGAGAAGAAGUGAAAAUGUUUCAGGGAAAGCCAAUCAUGGCCCGAAUUAAGGCUAUCAACACAUUUUUUGGUAAAAACGGCUAUCGCAGUGUGGACUCUUCUACGUACAGUCAGCAUGCCCAACCACAGGCUCAGUAUGGCUCCCCAGUGUACAUGCAGCAGUGUUACAGCCCUCAGCAGCAGUACCCUGUUUACCCUGUAGUGUCACCCUCCUGGAACCCUCCAAUCAUGCCUUACUUUGAAACACCACUGGCACCUUUCCCUCACAGUGGAUUCAUCAACGGUCUCGGCGGUGUUGGAAAUUACAAAGCAAACUCGAGCUCCAUGAACACUCAGCGACCCUUGAGCAGAAACCGAAACCAUGUCAAGAGUCAUCCUUGGCCUGGAGACGUGCCCUCUUCUUCAUUGACUCCGGGGACCCACAUGGAUGGUCUGUCUGGUCACUUAAGUCCACAACCCCUCCUGACAUCUGGGACAACAACUGGCACCUCUUCAUUAGGCUCUCUGCCAUCCUUCAGUCUUAAAGACAGUCCUGCACAGGCCACUAUUCACACUGGAUAUCUCAGUUGGGCUGGACGGGGGAGGAGAGGCAGCCAGAGAGGCAUGAGGAGGAAACGAGAAGAUGAACAUGGCAUGAAGCCUGUCCCUUUGAUGGAGGCCAAGGUACCCCCCCCACCUAAGUUUGACCUGGAAGCUUCCAGCUUUCCACCUUUACCGGGAUCUGUGGUCGGUAUGCGGGAAGAAACUACACCAGAGAUGCGCCUGUCUGAUGUUGUGCGUGGCCUUAAGGUCACCAACAAGUCAGUCAGCCAAGAAGUUAAUGACACCAGCCACACAAACAUCGCAGAGGAUGAUGUGAGCAAAGCCGAUGUUGUUAGCGCGGAUGCUCCUGUGACCCCACACACAGACGUGACACCAUUGGUUCCAAGUGUCUGCCCAUCAGCAAAGGAAGAGGAUAAAGCUCAACAGCCUGUUCCAGAGAGGAAAAUCUCCUUGUCCUCACCGAGUCCCUCUCCAACCUUUGAACAUGCCCCCUCCACCUGCAGCCAGUCUGUUUCUACAGAUGCACCUUCUCUAUCUUCCCCCACUCCUACGUCAGAGCUGGGCUCAAGGAAGCUCAGCUAUGCAGAGGUGUGCCAGAGGAUGGCUAAGGACCCACAACUGGUACCGGCACCGUCUCCCUCUCCUCCAGCCUCUUCAGACAGCCAACCGCUCCAAGAGCUCAAGGUCAACAGGGCUGAGGAGGUUCGACCUAAUUCCAGGCGCACUGCAGACAAACCAGAGAAAUCCAGACAUGGCUGUCCUCCUCGUCAGCCGUUGCGCUCUUUUGCUGGAGCGAAUGGCCAAUACAGAGCUGGGGAUGCAGGAAAGAAGCUUCGGGAGCAUCAAAGAGGCCUUAAUACUGGCAAACACUUUUCUCCACAGCGAGGAGCCAGACGCAGUGGCAAAGAACAGAACAUUCCCCCAAGAUCACCAAAAUAACUAAGGAAAAGUAAAUUAUGAAAUAGAGCCAAAUAUAUGUGUAAAUAUGUAAUAUAUGUACAUAGACAGAUGGAUAUAUUUUGUUUGACAGAUGGUAUCACUUUUUUGAUAAACUUUUUUGGGUCAAAAAAUCAAGUAGAUACAUCUUAUAAGAAAAAUCAUACAUUCUGCUUAAGAGUUGCAGACUUGUAUGAUAAAAUAUACUCAACCUGAAGUAAAUUGUUAUGACGUCAAAGACUCAUCCAUUAAUUGGCAUGAUCUGUAGUGUGUGGUUGUAUAUAUGUUUGACGUGGGAGAAAUGGGGAUAUUGUGACUUUUGAGUUUCAGAGUAACAUUUGGUAAGUGUAAAAAUCCAUAAUGUCUGUAAGGCACAUAAGAUGUCUGUGAGUUUCUUUUGUUGUGGACGCAACUUAUGUUGAGCUUUUAUGAAGUAUUUCUUUUGAAUUGACAUCAAGAAUGCAUGACUAUAAAAUAGAAGCUGUUGGAUUAAUGGAAUAUUAUAGAAACAAUGGUGUAGGCGGAUGGUUAAUCACAUAUAGUCUGAAACAGUCCAUGUAUAUUCUUCAUGUGGAAUCUUCUACAAACGAUGCUGGCUAAUACUGCUUUAUAUGUCCUCAGAAAAGGGUGACAUGAAAUCAUUUGUAUCCUUCAGUGUUUUGGCAGUAAAUGUCUUAGCAAUGCAUGCAAUUAAUUAAAACUGCUAACAUUACAAGUAAAUGCUGAAGUGUUACUGCAGUACGUCACUUCAUGAUGUUAAUGUUCAUUUAGAGUAUUUGCAUAAACAAUGUUCAAUUAGGUAAUCUUGUAAAAGUGGUAGAUCAUGUCUUGCUUUGAGAAGAGUAUUCUCACAGCUUUUCUAGUGUAUUUGCAGCAUUAAAUAGAUUUACUUCUGAAUAAGAUGUUUAACAUACACAAGGAUUAUAAGUUAGAUAUUCUGCCAGUGUAUCAACUUUGUUCUGUGACAUAGAUGCCUUUUUUGCAUAAGUCUUCAAAUGAAUGUAUUUCUUCUGACAUAAAACCACUUUGUUUAGAAAAUGUCUACGUUAAGGCUUUCCUAGUUUUAAUAUAAAGGGUAUAUUUGAUUGGGGUUAACUGUAGAAAAGUUUCAUUUUUCUAUCAAAGGUUUUUUUUUUUCCUACGUGUUUAAUGUUUUUAAAUGGUUUGCAUUCUGAAAUUAUUUUAUUGAUGACUGAAUUGGAGGCCUACAAAUUCUUGGCAUAACAAUAAAACACGUGUAUGUGUAGUGAUGUGAACUGAAAUGUGUUGUCCCAUAAUUUUAAGGCUUUUGAUUAUUUCAGCAGUGAGAAUUUGAAAGGUGUUGCAAAAAAAAAAAAAGGUUUUUGCAAAUUACUUUUUUUUUUUUUCUUUUUAUAGGUGGGAUUUUUUUUUUUUUUUGCUUUAGUAAUUGUGUUGAGCCGCUCAAAUUCUCACAUGGUUGCAUUUUACAGUUUGGUGUAUAGUGUAAUCAGUCCAGUUGUCUCCCUACUAUGUCUGCCUAACAUGGUAAAAUUGUUUAAUGGGGAAAUGCUUCUGCUGAGAUUUCAUGGAACUAUAUCUCAACCUGCAAUGCCUUAAUAUAUCACUGGAGUGUAAAGGGCAAAAAGUGAGCACAUCAGUUGUCACACUGAGUUAGGUUAACUAGUUAGUUCAAAUCUGUGAGCUUUUGACACUUGGCAAAUUCCUGUCUAAUGUAAAUAUCAAUUUAUACUAAAACCACUGCAGGGCUUUGGCUGUUUGAGUGGAGCUUAUUUUGUGUGCAUGCUUGUUUGUUCAUUGUGUGGUACAGAUUAUGUUUUAAACUUGUCAAUUCAGUUUCAGUCUUAAAAUGUGCUUUAAAACCCACUAUCAAACAUGAAAAAGUAAUAUGCAGCAAAGUACACAAUGGUUAUUUAGUGAAUAUGUUAUUGUUAACCUGAUGUAUGGAAAUAAAGAUUUAUUUUUGAA